UUGGUUCAUAAUCAUAACCAAUUAAUUAUAAGAACCAUGAAGCUUCCUUAUAUAUUUUUUCAGCUAUAUAAUGCUAACAAUGUAUGUCACACACCCCAUAAACAUUCAUAAUAAUAAAUCAUGGAGGAUAUUAAGGUUUUUGGUCUAUGGUCAAGUCCAUUUUCUCAAAGAGUUGUGUGGACACUAAAAUUAAAGGGUGUGAGUUAUGAGUAUUAUGAUGAAGAUCUUGCAAAUAAGAGUAACCUAUUACUACAAUACAAUCCAAUCUACAAGAAAGUUCCUGUUCUUGUACAUAAUGGAAAACCAAUAUCAGAGUCAAUGGUGAUUGUUCAAUAUAUCGAUGAAACUUGGCCUCAGAUUCCUCUAUUGCCUCAAGAUGCUUAUGAGAGGGCCAAAGCUCGUUUUUGGUCAAAAUUCAUCGAGGAAAAGUCAAUGCAAAUGAUGGAGUUUUUUCUAUAUGAUGGAGAAAGACAAGAGAGAGCAAUAAAAGAAACUUUGGACAUCUUGAGAGUGAUAGAAAAUGAAAGUGGGCUUAGUGAAAAAAUGUUCAUUUGUGGCAACACAAUUGGAUUGGCAGACAUAGCAUUGGGUUGGGUUGCACAUACUUUGCCAGUUAUGGAAGAAAUUGUUGGAGUCAAGUUCAUCACUAUUGAUGCAUUUCCUCACCUUCACUCUUGGGUGAAGAAUUUCUUGGAAAUUCCUGUUAUAAAGAAUAAUCUCCCACCCCAUGAGAAACUUGUUGAGUAUUUUAGAGAAAGGAGGAAGGUGUUUCUUGCAAUGGCUUCUCAUCACCAUCAUCAUUAGAAUUUUGUGUUCUUGUUUGAUGCAUCUAUAACAAUUAAGUGUUGUUAUGUUCAUUUUUCUCAUUUAUAUUUGAGAGACUAAUGUUACCUAGACUUAAAUCGAGAUUUGAAUUAAUGUAUUUUUAUUGUUUUUUUUAAUAAAUCAACUUAAUUAUAUUAUAAAGAUUAAG